AUGGUCGGUGUUAAGGGCCGGUGCGGGGGGGUGCUCCUGGAGCCAAGGCACGACCACGACCACGAGCAUGGGCACCGCCCCCACUGGCUGGCGCACUCCCCCCUGGGCGGGGCCCUGGACUGGAUGGAGGGCGGCACGGUCUCCUCCCUGGUCAAAAUCGCAUGCCUGGUCCUGGCGGCGGGCGAGGUCGACACCCACGUGCUCACCAGCCUGGCGGCGGCGGGCACUGCGCUGACGGGGCACGCUGCGGAGGGCGCGCUGCUGCUGACCAUGUUCCAGACCUCGCACAUGCUGGAGCACCAGCUGACGGCGCGCGCGCGGGGCCGGCUGGCCGACCUCUUCGCCGGCCUGCCCGACGCCGCGGAGGUGGUGGAGGUGGACCUCGCCGACGCCGCGCCGCGCCUGCACACGCGGCGCCACGUGGCCGUGGCCAACCUGCGCCCCGGCGACCACGUGCUGGUGCUGCCCGGCGCGCAGGUGCCGGUGGACGGCCGCGUCGUGCACGGCGCGGCGGCGGUGUCGCAGGAGCACCUGACGGGCGAGUCGGCGGCGGUGCGCCGCGCGCCAGGGGCUGAUGUUCCCGCCGGCGCGCUUGUGCACGACGGCGCGCUGGUCCUGCGCGCGCUGCAGCCCGCGUCGGCCAGCACGCCCGCGCGCCUGGCGGCGCUGGCGCUAUCGGCGCAGGCCGCACGCCCCGCGCUGCGCACCUGGCUCGACCGCGUGGGCGGGGCCUAUGCGCGCGGCGUGCUGGCGGCGGCCGCCGGCGCGCUGGUCGUGCUGCUGCUCUGCGGCGUGCCGCUGCUGGGGGGCGGCGGCCCCGCCGCGCCGCGCGGCGCGGCCUACCGCGCGCUGGGCCUGCUCACCGUGGCCUCGCCCUGCGCGCUGGUCAUGGCGCCGCUGGCCUACGUGGCGGCGGUGGCCGCGCUGGCCUCGCGCGGCGUGCUGGUGGCCGGCGGCGCCGUGCUGGAUGCCGCGGCGGGGUGCACCCUGCUGGCCCUGGACAAGACCGGCACGCUGACGGCGGGCGCGCCGCGCGUGGCGCGCGUGUCGCGCCUGGGGGACGAGCCAGGCGGUGAUGCCUGGGGCGAGGAGGAGGCGGCCACGUGCCGCGCGUGCCUGGCGGCGGCGGCGGCGCUCAGCGCGCGCAGCGCGCACCCCAUGGCGGGGCCCACCCUGGCCCACGCCGCGGGGCAGGGCGUGGGGCCGGGGGACGCGCGGGUGGAGGGCUUCCGCUUGGUGCCCGGGUCGGGCGUGGAGGCACGGGUGCGGGCCGCGGCGGGAGGGGCGGAGGUCGGCGGAGAGCAGUCGAGGCCGAAUCGUCCCGUCAGAGUGAGCGCGAUGAACGGCAGCGCGGCGGGCGAGCAGGCUGCGCCCGGCCGGUCCGCGGUGCAUGGUGUGCCGGUCCGGGCCGGGAGCGCUGGCGCCGGGGACGACGCGGCGGUCUCGGCUGGCGAUGGCGGGCCGGAGGCGCGCUCCCCCCCUGCAGUGGGGAAUUCGAGGCCACACGAGCUGCAGGAGGACGCCGCCGGCCCGCUUCAAGAUGCCUGCCUCGGCUCGGUGGAGUGGGUGGCGGGGCUCGACACGCCACGCUGGUCGCCCCACGCCCGAGCCUGGCUGCUGGAGUACGAGGAUGCCCUGCGGCCCACCAGCCGCGGCGCUCUGGAGCAGCUGAGACAGGGGUCCACGCUGCUGGUGGCGCUCAACGCGCUGCGCCUGCUGCGCCACGCCGCCGGGCACAGGACGGGGGCCGGCGCCGCACCCCCCUGA